CCCUAGGGCGCUGUGGGAGCUGAUGCGUUCGACUUGUUCCAAGUCGAGUAGGGGAGUGCUGCCAGUACCGUAGGACGGCUCUGCUUUGCUUGCACAGAGGCUUCCAGAGUGGAGGAAAGAAUGGCUGUUGAAAAUCCACAAGGCACCUGCAAGACUGUGAAUCAAGGUUGAGACCAAGAAAUUAUUUCUGAAAAAGGAUAUUUAUGGAAUAGAAUCAUCCUGAUGAGAGAUAAUGGAAAGACUUAUAAAAAACAGCAUUGAGUAUUCAAGUUUCAGAGGUGAUUGGGAAUGUAAAAGCCAGUUUGAGAGAAAACAGGAAUCUCAGGAAGGACAUUUCAGUCAAAUGAUAUUUACUUCUGAAGACAUGCCCACUUUCAAUUCCCAGCAUCAGAGAAUACAUACUGAUGAGAAACUCCUUGAAUGUAAGGAAUGUGGGAAGGAUUUUAGUUUUGUAUCGGUCCUUAUUCGACAUCAGCGAAUUCAUACUGGUGAGAAACCUUAUGAAUGUAAAGAAUGUGGCAAGGCCUUUGGUAGUGGUGCAAACCUUGCUUACCAUCAAAGAAUUCAUACUGGUGAGAAACCUUAUGAAUGUAGUGAAUGUGGAAAGGCCUUUGGUAGUGGCUCAAACCUUACCCAUCAUCAGAGAAUUCAUACUGGUGAGAAACCAUAUGAAUGUAAAGAAUGCGGGAAAGCCUUUAGUUUUGGAUCAGGCCUAAUUCGACAUCAGAUAAUUCACAGUGGUGAAAAGCCUUAUGAGUGUAAGGAAUGCGGGAAGUCCUUUAGUUUUGAAUCAGCCCUUACUCGGCAUCACAGAAUUCACACAGGUGAGAAACCUUAUGAAUGUAAGGAUUGUGGGAAGGCCUUUGGCAGUGGUUCAAACCUUACUCAACAUCGAAGGAUUCAUACUGGUGAGAAACCUUAUGAAUGUAAAGUAUGUGGAAUGGCCUUUAGUAGUGGUUCAGCCCUUACUCGGCAUCAGAGAAUUCAUACUGGUGAAAAACCUUAUAUAUGUAAUGAAUGUGGGAAAGCUUUUAGUUUUGGAUCAGCCCUUACUCGACAUCAGAGGAUUCACACUGGUGAGAAACCUUAUGUAUGUAAGGAAUGUGGGAAGGCUUUUAAUAGUGGCUCAGAUCUCACUCAACAUCAGAGAAUUCACACUGGUGAGAAACCCUAUGAGUGUAAAGAAUGUGAGAAGGCCUUUAGAAGUGGUUCAAAACUUAUUCAGCAUCAAAGAAUGCACACUGGUGAGAAGCCUUAUGAGUGUAAGGAAUGUGGGAAAGCCUUUAGUAGUGGUUCAGACCUUACUCAACAUCAGAGAAUUCAUACUGGUGAGAAACCUUAUGAAUGUAAAGAAUGUGGCAAGGCCUUUGGUAGUGGCUCAAAACUUAUCCAACACCAGCUAAUUCACACUGGUGAAAAACCCUAUGAAUGUAAAGAAUGUGGAAAGUCCUUCAGUAGUGGUUCAGCUCUUAAUCGGCACCAGAGAAUACACACUGGUGAAAAACCUUAUGAAUGUAAAGAAUGUGGGAAGAAUUUUGGUACUGGCUCAAGCCUUACUCAACAUCAGAAAAUUCAUACUGGUGAGAAACUUUAUGAAUGUAAGGAAUGUGGAAAGACUUUUGGCAGAGGUUCAGAAUUUUUUCUACAUCAUAGCAUUCAUACAAGUGAGAAACCCUUUAAAUGUAAGUAUUGUGUUAGACAGUUUAAUAAUGGUACAGCCUUUAUUCGCCAUCAGAGAAUUCAUACUGGUGAAAACCCCUAUGAGUGUAAUGAAUGUGGAAAGGCUUUUAGUACUAGUUCAAUAUUUGGAGUACAUCAAAGGAUUCACACAGGUGAGAAACCCAGUGAAUGUAAAGAAUGUGGAAAAGCUUUUCAUCAUUCUUCAUACCUUACUCAACACCAAAGAAUUCAUACUGGUGAGAACCAUACUUAUAAAUGUAAGUAUUGUGUUAGGGCAUUUAGUAAUGUUUCAGCCUUUAUUCGGCAUCAGAGGAUUCAUACUGGUGAAAAACCCUACAAAUGUAAGGAAUGUGGAAGAGCUUUUGGUACUGGCUCAAUACUUACAGCACAUCAGAGAAUUCACUCAGGUGAGAAACCAUAUUUAUGUAAGGAAUGUGGGAAAGCCUUUCAUCAGUCUUCAGAUCUUACUCAACAUCAGAGGAUUCAUACUGGUGAGAAACCCUCCAAAUGUAAGGAAUGUGGAAGGGCCUUUCGUUACUCAAUACUUCUACAACAUCAGAAAAUUCACACUGGUGAGAAAGCCUGGGAAUGUAAUUAAUGUGGGAAAGCUUUUACUUGUGCAACAUACCUGACCCGGCAUCAGCAAAUUCAUACUGAUGAUAAACCAUAUACUUGUAACAAAUGUGGGAAAGCUUUUCUUCAUGCUUCAGACCUUACUCUGCAUCAAAGAAUUCAUAAUGGUGAGAAACUCUAUGAGUGUAAAGAAUGUGGGAAGGCUUUUGCAAGAGAUCACAAUCUUACUUAUCAUCAAAGAAUUCAUAGUGGGGAGAAACCUUAUAAAUGUAAAGACUGUGGGAAGGCCUUUAUUCGUGGCUCUCAUCUUACCCAGCAUCAAAGAAUUCAUACUGGUGAACGACCCUAUGAAUGUAAUGAAUGUGGUAAGGCCUUUUUUCGUGGCUCUCAACUUACUUACCAUCAGAGAGUUCAUACUGCAGAGAAACCCUAUCACUGUAAAGAAUGUGGAAAGGCCUUUAUUCGUGGCUCCCAACUUACUGAACAUCAGAGAAUUCAUACAGGUGAGAAACCCUAUGAAUGUAAGAAAUGUGGGAAAGCCUUCAGUUAUGGCUCACAGCUUACUCUGCAUUACAGACUUCAUACUGGUGAAAAACCCUAUAAAUGCCAAGACUGUGAAAUGUCCUUUAUUCGUGGCUCACAACUUACUGAACAUCAGCGGAUUCAUACAGGUAGGAAACCACAUGAAUGUAAGCAAUGUGGAAAGACCUUUAACUAUGGCUCACAGCUUAUACGACACCAGAGGAUUCAUACUGGAGAGAAACCCUAUGAAUGUCAAGAAUGUGGGAAAUCGUUUAUUCGUGGCUCACAACUUACUGAACAUCAAAAAAUUCACACUGGUGAAAAACCUUUUGAAUGUAAGGAAUGUGGGAAAUCCUUUAUUCGUGGCUCACAUCUUACUCAGCAUCAGAGGAUUCACACGGGUGAAAAACCCUAUGAAUGUAAAGAGUGUGGGAAGGCCUUUAUUUAUAGCUCACAACUGACUCAGCAUCAGAGAAUCCAUACAGGUGAGAAUCCCUAUGAAUGUAAGCAGUGUGGGAAGAUCUUUAUUUGUGCCUCACAACUUACUUUACAUCAGAUUUCUCAUUCUGGCAAAAAGCUGUACGAAUGUAAGGAAUGAGGUAAGGCUUUUAUUCGUGGCUCACAGCUAACUUACCAUCAAAGAGUUCAUACUGGUGAGAAACCCUAUGAGUGUAAUGAAUGUGGGAAAGCCUUUAUUCGUGGUUCACAUCUUACUCAGCACCAGAGAAUUCAUACUGGUGAGAAACCAUACAAAUGUAAUGAAUGUGGGAAGGCCUUUAAUCGUGGCUCACAACUUACUCAACAUCAGAGAAUUCAUUCUGGUGAGAAGCCUUAUAAAUGUAAUGAAUGUGGUAAGGAUUUUAGACUGCGGAUGGGCGUGGUUUGGCAUAGGCAGUGUCAUUCUACUGAGAAACCCUAUAAAUGUAAGGAAUGUGGAAAGGCCUUUAGACGAGCUUCACACCUAACUCAACAUCAUAGUAUUCAUACUGGUGAAAAACCCUAUGAAUGUAAGCAAUGUGGGAAGGCCUUUAGUCGUGAUUCACAGCUUAUUCUUCAUCAGAGACUUCAUACUGGUGAGAAACCCUAUGCAUGCAAGGAAUGUGGGAAGGCCUUUACUCAGAGCUCACAACUUAUUUUACAUCAUAGAAUUCAUACUGGUGAAAAACCAUAUAAAUGUGAAGAAUGUGGGAAAGCCUUCAUCCGUAGCUCACAACUCACCCGACAUCAAAAAGUCCAUACUGGUGAGAAGCCUUAUGAAUGUAAAGAAUGUGGGAAGGCCUUUACUCAGAACUCACAACUUACUCUACACCAGAGGCUUCAUACUGGUGAGAAACUUUAUGAAUGUAAAGAAUGUAGAAAGGUCUUUACUCAGCUCUCACAACUUAUUCUUCAUAAGAGAAUUCACACUGGUGAAAAACCCUACGAAUGUAAGGAAUGUGGGAAAGCUUUCAUUUGUGGCUCACAGCUUUCUCAACAUCAGAAAAUUCAUAAUGGGGAAAAGCCAUAUGAAUGUAAGGAAUGUGGAAAGGCCUUUAUUCGUGGCUCAUUACUUAUGCAACAUCAGAGAAUUCAUACUGGUGAAAAACCCUAUAAAUGUGAAGAAUGUGGGAAAGCCUUUAUCCGUGGCUCACAACUUACUCAGCACCAGAGAAUUCAUACCAAUGAGAAGCCCUAUGAAUGUAAGGAAUGUGGAAAGACCUUUAGUCAUGGCUCACAACUUACUCAGCAUCAGAGAAUUCAUACUGGUGAGAAACCCUAUCAGUGUAAGGAAUGUGGAAAGGCUUUUAAUCGUGGCUCACUCCUUACUCGACAACAGAGGAUUCAUACUGGUGAAAAACCCUAUGAAUGUAAAGAGUGUGGAAAGACUUUUAGUCGUGGCUCAGAACUUACACAACAUGAGAGGAUUCAUACUGGUGAGAAACCAUAUGAAUGUAAGGAGUGUGGGAAGUCUUUUAUUCGUGGCUCACAACUUACUCAACAUCAGAGAAUUCAUACUGGUGAGAAACCAUAUGAAUGUAAAGAAUGUAGAAUGGCCUUCACUCAGAGUUCGCAUCUUUCCCAACAUCAGAGACUUCAUACUGGUGAGAAACCUUAUGUAUGUAAUGAAUGUGGGAAGGCCUUUGCCCGUGGUUUACUUCUUAUACAGCAUCAGAGAAUUCAUACAGGUGAGAAACCAUAUCAGUGUAAGGAAUGUGGGAAGGCCUUUAUUCGUGGUUCACAACUUACUCAACAUCAGCGAAUUCACACUGGAGAAAAGCCCUAUGAAUGCAAGGAAUGUGGGAAGGCCUUUAGUCAUGGCUCUCAACUUACUCUACAUCAGAGAAUUCACACUGGUGAGAAGCCCUAUGAAUGCAAAGAAUGCAGAAAAGCAUUUACUCAGAGCUCACAUCUUUCUCGACAUCAGAGAAUUCAUACCGGUGAGAAACCAUAUCAAUGUAAGGAAUGUGGGAAGGCCUUUACUCGUGGUUCACAACUAACUCAGCAUCAGAGAAUUCAUAUCAGUGAGAAAACUUUUGAAUAUAAGGAAUGUGGGAUAGACUUUAGUCAUAGCUCACAAGUUUAUAUAUGAAUUAUCUGGUUCUUUGUGAUUAAAAUAGAGAGCCUUCUCUGGUCAUUAAUCCAUUGUCAUCAAAGAAUUCCUAAAAUCUGAAUAAGGGAGCAUAUUUGCCUCAUAAAGUUCAGUAUCAGUGAAUUCUAAUGGUAGAAAGAUACUGUUAAUGGAAUCUAUGUAGAAAAAUCUAUCAUUACUGGAAACCUAUUAAACUUAAGCAAAUUAUAAUAGGGUUCAGUUAAUAUACUAAAAUAUAGGAAGGCCAUUAGCUGUAGAAUAUGACUUUUUCAGCAUUAUCUUGACUCUACCACCUACUUUUCUUUGUGAUAUUUAUCAUAAUUAACCUCUACUUUUGUUUAAUCAUUUGUAAGAUAAGCCUAGAAAUAAUACCUUCCUUGUAAGAUUCUUGGAUGUAUUAUGUGAGACAUUUCAUGUAAAGCUCUUAGAGCAGUGCCUUGAACAUAUCAUAUCACAAGUAUUAGCUAUCAUUAUUACUAGUAUGAUUUUAGAGAAUUUGCAUGAGAAGAGGACAAUAGGAUUAUAAUGAAUAUUGAGAAAUCUUUCAUUAACCCUUAACCUUGACUGUUUGGGGAGUACAGUAUGCUAUAAUGAAUAUCAGAAAGCUUUCACUUACUUCUCAUGCCAUAUGCUGGAAGAGGAAAUUAAUACUGUUAAAAAUAUCUUGUAGAUUUAAUCAGUAGAUUGUUGAAGAGGAGUAAGGUGAAUUGUAACAAAGUCCAAAAACUCAUAUUUUCUAUAAUUUUUUGACCACAAUUUAAGAAUAUUAUUUGGAAAUGAAAAAAGUGGACAGCCAAAAUAAACUUAUUUACUACUAUGAAAUUUCUAAAACUUGAAUGUACAGCUUUUGAAUUAAACUAAAAGUAAACUGACAUUACUAUUUUGCGGUGAACAUGAUGACAGUCUGUCAGAGAUUGCUAUUUCCCUACCCAAUAUCCAUUUUCCCUUCUUUAGAAUUCUUGGCUGAAAAAUUAUCUUAGCCCCUCUUGCAGGUCAACAAGAUGGAAGUGGUAUUUGUUUGUACAUAUAGGACAUUUAAGAAUACCUUUUAUUUUCUCUCUGCAUUUCUAUUUUCCUGCCUACAAUGUGGACGUCUAAUUUACAUCUCUGAUGAUUUUAUGGGGAAUUUGAGAAUGGUAUCUGGGUACUAAGGAUGAUAGAGUAGAUAUACAGAAUGAGUCUGUAUCUGUACUGAUUUUAUGGACUAGCUGUACCAACUCUGGUCUGCCUGCCUCCUGUAUUUCUUUAUACAAAAUUAAAAUAAACUUACUUGUUCA